CCAGGGAUUAGUUUAAGCUUGAAACAUCGCUGUGAUUAGCUCGCUUCUGCAGGAUGCCACACAAGAUCGGUUUUGUAGUUGUAAGUUCAUCGGGACAUGAAGAUGGCUUCAGCCCAAAAGAGCUGAUGGUUCAUGCACCGACAGUGAACGGAUGGCGAUCGCCCAGACUCUGUCAGUACCCCCAGGAGAUUGUUCUGCGGCUGGUGGAGAGAUGUCGAAUACGAAAACUGCAGUUGCUUGCUCACCAGUACAUGAUUUCAAGCAAAAUUGAGUUCUACAUCAGUGAAAGCUUGCCUGAAUACUUUGCUCCUUAUCAGUCAGAGAGGUUUCACAGACUGGGCUAUGUCCCUCUCUCAGACAACGAAAAGACUGAUUUCAAAGCACGAGAGUUAAAAUCUGUGUAUAUGGACGCAGUUGGCCAGUACCUGAAGCUGAUUUUCCAUAAAAAUUACGUCAAUAAAUACAACUUGUACGGUCAGGUUGCCCUAGUAGCUAUAAACAUUAUUGGAGAUCCAGCAGACCACGGUACUGACAGCAAUAACACUCCUUCCCGAGAGAAGCUGAUAGACCACUACUUGGGAAUUAAAUCAGAUGAUCCUGCCUUAGAUGGAACUUACCUGGGGAAACCUGACUCCAUUUCCCCUCUGGAUGAUUUGGCUUUUGACAUGUACCAGGACCCAGAGGUCGCGCAGAUCAUACGCAGGCUGGAUGAGAAGAAGCGCGAAGCCGUCCGCCGUGAAUGCUACGAUUACGCCAAGGCGCUCAAACAAGCCAUUGCAGACUUGCAGAAGGUAGGGGAACGACUUGGGCGGUAUGAGGUGGAGAAGCGCUGUGCGGUAGAGAAAGAGGACUAUGAUCUUGCCAAAAAGAAGAAAGAGCAAAUGGAAGCGUACCGCCUGAAGGUGUAUCAGCAGCUGCAGCUGCACGACCUUCUGGAUGCAGAGCUGGUGCUUCGAAAACCACCUGAAUUGCCUUUGGAGUCUAUGGUUUACACCGACAGUCCUCAGCAGACAAAAGCUGCAAAUUCACCUCCUUGUGAGCACACGGAGCUGCAAAAAGGAGAGCCAUGGAGGGCAGAGCCUUUGCUGGGAGAGAAGUCAGCAGAUCCCGCUUCUGCUGAGCCCGUUGUCUCCCAUCAGUCCCCUCCUCCUCCUGAGACUCACCGUGCGACCGCCAGGGAAGCGUUUCCCAAAGACAACGUUGAAUUUUUGCCCCAUGAUGAGCGACCUCUCCCAGCUGUCUGUAAACAGUCCGAAGCGGUUGCGUACGUUGAGCCGGAGGUGACAGAAGAGGGUGUCGGUGAUACUCGAAGAAGUGGCAUAACUGGGGAGCCGGAACCGUUGACUGAGAAGGCCCUGAGGGAGGCCAGCCCUGCUGUGGAAGUGUUUGGAGAAGCUUUGGUUUCAGGAGCAUAUUCCAAAACCUGGUCGUAUCGAGAAGAUGCCCUACUGGCUGUCUAUAAGAAGAUGAUGGAAAUGUCAGUAAACGCUCCAAAGGAUGAUUUAAAGAACAUGCUGAGGGCUGCCAUCUUUCUCGUAAGGAGGGCCAUCAAAGACAUAGUGUCUUCCGUUUUUCAAGCUUCCCUGAAACUUUUAAAAAUGAUCAUUACCCAAUAUAUACCAAAACAUAAUCUGGGAAAACUAGAAACUUCUCAUUGUGUGGAAAAAACGCUUCCAAAUUUGCUCUCUAGAACAGGAGACUCCUCAUCCCGUCUUCGCCUUGUGGCCUCAAACUUUAUUCAGGAAAUGGCGCUGUGUAGUGACGUGAAACCCCUGCAGAUCGUUCCUGUUCAUUUGGUUCAACCGUUAAAAGCCAACUCCCCAACACACCUGGCAAUGAGUCAAGUGGAAUUAGUGGAAUGCCUCUUGAAAGACAUGGGAACCGAGGACUCUGGGUUUACCGUCGGCAAUGUCAUGAAGUUUGCCACGGGAGCUUUGGAACACAGAGUUUAUGAAGUCCGUGAUGUAGCGUUGCGCAUCAUCUUUGAUGUGUACAGAAAGCACAGGGCUGCGGUGCUGGAGUACCUUCCCCCGGAUAACGCCAGCGUCCGCAAGACCGUUCUCUACAAAACACUCUUUGAUGGAUUUGCUAAAAUAGACGGUAAACUCCCUGAAGCUGAAAGGAGGGCACAGAGAAAGGCAGCGACGGAAGCGGCAGAGAAACAGAAGAAGGAAGAAAUAAAAGUUCUGCAAGGUCACCUGGCAGCUCUAAAGGAGAUAGAAGCAGAAGUUCAAGCUGGAAAGGAGAAAGAAUCUGAUUUUCAGAAGCCAAAGAAUCAAGGUUAUGAGGUAAACAAAAGCCGGCAGCCUGCAGCAGCGGAGGUUCCAGAUGUUCAUUCCUCUGUUGCAAAUUACUUGGAUAACUUAUGUAUUUUUUGCGGUGGAAGGGAUGCAUCCUUCACAGAGGAAGGCCUGGAUCUCCAUUACUGGAAGCACUGCCCCAUGUUAACCAGAUGCGAGCACUGCAAGCAGGUGGUGGAAAUAGCCAGCCUGACGGAGCACUUGUUGACCGACUGUGAUAGAAAGGACAGCUUUGGGAAAUGUCAACGGUGCAGUGAGGCCCUUCCCAAAGAUGAGUUGCCCAAACAUAUUAAGAGCAAGACUUGCAAUCCUGCCAAACCAGAAAACGUGGCAAACCACUGCCCAUUGUGCCAUGACAACUUUUCCCCAGGAGAAGAGGCCUGGAAAUCUCACCUAAUGGGCAAAGACGGCUGUAAGAUGAAUCAACGGAGGUUAUCCACAAUAAAUAAAACUCUUCUGGUGCAGCCUGGCAAAAUAGGUGGCCACUACUUAAGGAAAGCAGGUCCUGCAGGAGCAAAAGCUCGACCUCCCUCUAUAGGAAGCAAGAUCCCAACCCCAAGAGGAGGCCCCAAUAAAAGCACUGGGAAAACAUACUCAAAGCGAUGA